UCGUGGAGCAGACGACAUUUUGAGUGUUACUCCGAAGGACGUUGGAAUUCGGUGUUUGAUUUGACAUUAGUGCUUGGCAAUCCUGUUGCUAACAUUUUCGGAAAGGAACCUUUUUUUCCUGACUCUCAGAUUGGAGAAUUAUCACGUGAACGUUGAGUUUAAGCAGGCCGAGUGCACUCACCCGCACAACUGAUAGAAGUCUUGUCAUGUGACGGUGAAUCUUUGCGUUCAUUGUGAAAAAAGAAUGCUUUUAUUCUGAUGACAGCGUAUUCUGGAAAUCUGCCUGUCAUUGUAUGAUGGUUGUCUGAGGGUGGUAUUUUACCGUGAGAAUGGGUCGGCGUGCUGUCGUGUGUGCAACUCUAACAGGUGUGAUAGGACUGGCAUUCCUAGUAACAGGAGCUGUCCUCAUCCCUGUACUGAAAAACAUCACUGUGCACAAGGUUGAUGAUACGAUACCAAUAACAGAAGGAUCUGUGACUUACGAUGCCUGGAAAACUCCAUCGGAUUCAGCUCCAAUAUACUUUCAAACUUACCUCUUUGACCUGGUCAACCAUGAAGAGGUUAUCCUGGAGGGGAAGAAACCAAUCCUGCAGCAGAAAGGACCUUACACCUACCAGGAGAAGAGAAAGAAAGUAAACAUAACCUUUCAUGACAAUGGGACAGUAUCCUACAGAGAACUACAUUAUUAUAUAUUUGACCGUGAGAUGUCAGUAGGGGACGAGAAUGACACAUUUACAACAAUCAACUUACCAAUGGUGACCCUGGCCAACAUGUUGAGGUUUGAAUAUGAUGUGAUCCUCCAAGGCCUUCAAGCACUGUUUACCACUGUGGGGGAGAACCUAUUUCUGGAACUGUCAGUGGCUGACAUUCUCUGGGGAUAUGAGGAUAACCUGUUGAAGGAGGCCAAACACAUCCUAGCUGAUUACAACCUUACGUUUCCCAUUGAUGAUAAGUUUGGACUUUUCUACAAGCAAAACACCUCAGAUGAUGGGGAAUAUAUGAUAUACACUGGCCAGAGUGACUUGAGAAACUUUGCGUAUAUUGAGUCUUGGAAUGGAAAGAGUACUCUUGAUUUUUGGACGACUGAUCAGGCAAAUCAGAUUAAUGGUACAGCUGGAACUAUGUACCCACCUUUUGUGAAGAAAGAAGAUAUUCUGUAUUUGUUCUCAUCUGAUAUUGGCAGAUCAGUAUAUGGGACAUACACACAAGACCAGAAUCUGUAUGACAUAGAACUCCUGAGGUUUGUGCCUCCUAAAGCUGUGUUUGAGAACCACACUCUUAACCCAGCCAACACUGGCUUCUGUGUUCCUGUAGGAACUUGCCUGGACUCUGGUGUCUUAAAUAUCAGCGUCUUUAAACAAGGUGCCCCUGUAGUGAUGUCUCAACCUCACUUCCUGGCCGGGGCCCAGAAGUACAUCAGUGGUGUGGAGGGCAUGCACCCAAAUCAAGAGGAACACCAGACCUUCUUUGAUGUAGAACCUACAACAGGUGUUGUGAUGAAUGUAGCAAAGAGACUUCAGGUUAAUGUGUACCUCCAACACAUACCCUUCAUAACGGACUUGGAGAAGAUUACUAAGCCAAUACUGUUCCCAGUCGUGUGGGUCAAUGAAAGUGCCACCAUCACUCAGAAGACUGCCAGUGCUUUUAAGAAGCAGGUUCAGGAUCCGAUGAAGCUGACUAAGGCACUGGAGUAUACUCUCAUCAUUGUCGGUGUUGCCAUGAUCAUCUUUGUUCUCGCGUACUUUAUACGGAAGGCGAUCUCCAAGUUUAAUCAGCCAGUGAAAAAAGAGCUGAACCAUGUAGAAGACGUCAGAGACACGACUAACUUGGUGACUGAAUGAGACUGCAUUUCUUCCGCCUCACUCAUAUAGCACUGUGAUAACAACUGUAAUUUUGUACAAACUUAUUUGAUUUUGGGGGCUUUCCUGGUUAGCACCCCAGGGCAGCGUAAUGGCCCAGGAGCCUCACACCACUGUGGUUGCUGUGAGUAACAAGUCCACCUUAUACUGGCAUACUCUCUGGUAGUACGUGAGAAUCUGUGAGCAGCCUGCAGAUGGUUGUGAGUUUCCCAAGCGCUCUGUUCAGUUUCCUCCCUCCAUAAUGCUGGCCUUUGUGGUAUAAAGUGAAAUAUUCUUGAGUGCAGUGUAAAACACCAAUCAAAUAAAUAAAUAUGAAAUAAAUUAAAUGAUUCCAAAUUUGCUAACUUAGAAUUACAAGUGUGCACAUAUCUCUAUUUUAACUGGAUGUGAAUAUGUAAUGUACAGUGUAUAUGAAUAAUGGGUGCUUUCAUAUUAUUCCUACAACUGAACAUUGUGUUCGUCUACAUUUAUAAAAGCAGCACAUUAAGAACAUGCAUUUUCAUGUGUAUGCAAUAAUAAGAUAUGACUUGUCAUGUAGGAAUUUUAAAUCUUGACAUAUCAUUCCAGAGAAGCUGCUUUUACAACAAACUGUAGAUAUGUAAUUAACAAUAUGAUUGGCUUCCCAAGUGCUGUAUUACAUUAUUGUUGAAAGAUAGGAGAAAUCAGGAGAAACAUUUACAUUUACAUGAUUGUGAACAUUAUUGGUUUAUUGCAUAAAUAUUUUAGUACAUGAGUGCAUAUAUUUCAACAUUCGCCCAUUUUACUUUCCUGUUAUGUACUUUGAAUGUGAUCUCUAUUAGUAUGUGGCUAUGAUCAAGUGAGUUACAUAAAUAUCUCGAUUGUUUGUUUUAUGGUUUAUGGAACUGCCAUUGGAGGAGCCAGAUUGAGUUCCAUAUGUAAUAUUGUAAUAUUCCUAUGAAAUAGACAUGUGUGAUAUUGCAGGAGAUACAUUUAAAUAAUGACAACUGAUAGUUAAAGGUAUAAAUCAUCUCUAUAUCCGUAUGUAGUUCAUACAAGUACGGCAAUUAUGAUCUCUGUUGACACAUGUUGGUGAAGUUGGUGUGUUUUUCAGCUAGCACUCAUCUUAACCACUCAACUUGAGCAGACUACAUAACCACACGUACAGAUCUCCUGACACUUUAUGUUAACUGAUCAUUAGUUGUAUUUGCAUGGUAUUAAACCAAAAGGAUUUGUGGAACAAUGCAUGAACAUGUAAGUUUAGAUAUACACAUAUAUAUA